AUGUCGGUGCUGGGGUCGGCAAUGCAGUCAACGCUGACAGACGUGGCGAUGGAGUGGGAUGUGAAGGUGAAUGGGAAGGCUGCAGACAUCCUUACUAUCCCCUCACAGCUGCCACCGCUCUUCUCGGGUGUGUUUAUGACAGCGUUUGGUCUCAUCCAAGCAGGUGAGUGGUUGUUUUUUAAUCGCUGCGUAUCUGUAAUGCCAAAGCAUGUGGUGGGGGAAUUUGGAGGGUAA